AUGGCUUCAAACCCCGAAGAUCCCCUGGCAUCAUUUGCCAGGCUAGGAAGCUCAGUUUAUCUCCAAGACUCGGACUCCAGCGACAAAACCAAACCAGUCAUCUUCAUUGCAUUCUGGAUGAAUGCCCCUGCUCGCGCCUUGGCCAAAUAUGUGCUCGAAUACAGACGCCUCGUUCCAUCUGCACGAAUCAUCUUCGUGAGAAGCUCCUCAAAUGAUUUCCUCUGGCCUUCCAAAAGCAAGACCCGUAGGGAUCGCUUGGCCCCCGCCGUGACAGCCAUGCAGGGGCUAGUGACCCCUGAAAACCCAGACAUUUAUUGCAAAGCUUGGAAGAUGAUAACGGGCACUCCGUUGCCAAUCUCGGCUUUGGUAUUGGAUAGUGCCCCUGGAAGUCUGAGUCUGCGAUCUGGACUUAGGGCUUUCUCUUUUGCGCUGCCGCAGAUGUGGAUCCUUCGCAUACUUGGCAAAGGCUUUCUCUUUGUUUUCUUACUCUUUACUAUGUUGAUUCAUGCCCCCAAGUCAUUCCCGGAUCCUAUCACACUGGCGAGGAAACUCGUCAACGAUACCUCUUUGGUCCAACCCGCUGGACGUGAUGGGAAGCUCGCCCGCUGUUACUUGUAUUCCGAUACCGAUCCUUUGGUUGAUUGGAGAGAUACCGAGUCUCAUGCAUUGGAGGCUGAGGCUAAGGGCUGGGCAGUGCGUCGCGAGUUAUUCAAAGGAUCCCCUCACGUUGGACACAUGAGGUCUGAGCCGGAUCGGUAUUGGGGUGUUAUCAAAGGGUAUCUGGGGGCCUUGGUGUCGACAUAA